GUAAAAAAAAAAAAAUUAAAAACCCCAAAUGGGUUUCUGGGAUAAUGAUGGUCUAAGGUAUUCAAUGAAGCCUUUAAUAGUACUAACUAGGGGUUUGUCAAAAUCCAAUUUAAAACUACAUGUUUAUUACAAUUUGUUUAAGCCCAUUCAAACCCAAUAAACUUUAAAGAAAAUUUAAAUCAUAUAUUUAAAAGUCAAUCUAGUGAAUUUUUCAUUGAUCAGAACUUUAUAAAAUUAUUCUAAUUUAAUUGGUGUUUUUAACUUUAAGUUAUUUUAAUAAAAUUCAAAAUAUAUUUUAGUACCAACUAAUUUCAGUUUGCCAAGCAAAAUAAAUAAUAUAAAAUAUAAUGAUUUAUGGUAAUUGAUUUUAAAAGUUAUAGAAAAUGCAUAUCAUGAUUCAUUAGUUUAUUUAAUUUUUGAAAACAGGCAUUGUAGUAUAAAGUAAAUAUAAUUUUUUUUAUAUAAAUUGAUAUAAUGUAUUAUAAGUGUGUAUAGAAUAUUAUAUUAUAUUAAUUAUUAAUGUUUUGUACAACUGAUAAAUGAUAUAGAAGGAAUAAAAAACAGUAGAGAUUUUAAAUUAAUCUUUUGUAUAAGAUAAUAAAUUAAUCUAAGAAAUUGGUUCUGUAUUCGUUUAAUUCAAAAAUAUAACACAGUGCAAUAAAAAUAUAACACAGUGCAAUAAGCAAACAAUGUACCGGAUAAGAAAUUGGUUAUGUAUUCGUUUAAUUCGAACUGAAUACGUCAAGCACGGAAGCCUUUUCAUUAGGUCGAGCUACGAACUUCCCUUAAAAAUACGACUUUUCUACAUUUUCUCCACACUAUAAAUUGACGUAGUUUCUUAUUAACUCAAAUAUACCCAAAAAGUGAAAAAGAAAUAGAGAGCCAUGUUCGUGAACCUCCUCACCAUCGUCUUCUUCAUUAUCUUACUCUCUCAACUUCUAAAAUCCAAUUCCCAAUUUGUGGACAAUUUCACUUACAACGGCUUCCAUCGUCCACUGAAUCUCAUAUCCCUCCAAGGGAAAGCCACCGUCACACCCAGCGGUGUAUUAAAGCUAACCCGUACAACAAUGCACAUAACCGGUCACGCCUUCUAUAACCAACCAAUCCGGUUCAAAGAUUCUCCAAACGACACCGUCUCGUCCUUCUCCACAACCUUUAUAUUCGCCAUCAACCCUCAGACCCCCACACUUAGCGGCGACGGCGUCGCCUUUGUCAUUGCCCCUACCUCCAGCCUCCCGCUAGCAAAUUCCGGCGAAUACCUCGGGCUGUUCAACCCCAUGACCAACGGUAAUAAAACGAACCACAUAUUCGCUGUUGAACUAGACACAAUUCUGAAUAACGAGUGCAAUGACACCGACGAUAACCAUGUUGGGAUCGAUAUCAAUAACUUAACGUCGGUGAAAAGUUCACCGGCGGGGUACUGGGACGAGACGGGUCAUUUUAAGGAUCUUACUUUGAUCAGUGGUAAGCGGAUGCAGGUUUGGGUUGACUACGAUGGUGUUACCCAUCAAAUCUACGUAACGAUGGCUCCUUUCAACCAUGCUAAACCUAAUAAACCACUUGUCUCUACUGUCAGGGAUCUAUCCCCGAUUCUUUUGCAAGAUAUGUUCGUAGGUUUCUCGGCUUCAACCGGUUCGGUUGUGUCACAACAUUUUGUCCUUGGGUGGAGUUUCCGGGUGAAGGGGAAAGCUCCCCCUUUAGCCUUAGAGAGCCUUCCAAAAUUUCGAGAGUUGCCGCACAAGAGAUCCAGCAGAAUCACGCCCUUGUUUAUUGAAGUGGUGAUUCCCAUUGUGUCUAUCUCUUUGCUCAUCUUCCUUGUGCGCUUCAUUUUAAGGAGGAGGAGAAAGUUCGCGGAGGAGCUAGAAGAUUGGGAAACAGAGUCCAGGACGAACCGGCUCAAGUUUAAAGACUUGUACUACGCCACCAAAGGAUUCAAGGAUAAAAACCUCCUCGGGUCUGGCGGGUUUGGGAGUGUUUACAAAGGUGUCAUGCCCAAGACUAAGAAAGAGAUCGCCGUGAAAAGAGUCUCCAACCAAUCCCGACAAGGGUUGAAAGAGUUUGUGUCUGAGAUCAUGACUAUUGGCCGGAUGAGUCACCGAAACUUGGUCCCUCUCUUGGGUUACUGCCGCCGGAAAAAGGAGCUUCUUCUGGUCUACGACUACAUGCCCAAUGGGAGCUUAGACAAGUAUUUGUAUAAUAGUCCGGAGGAGGUUACCCUCCAAUGGAAACAUAGAAGUAAGGUCAUUAAAGGUGUGGCAUCUGCCUUAUUCUACCUCCACGAGGACUGGGAGCAAGUGGUGGUUCACCGCGAUAUCAAAGCCAGCAACGUCUUAUUAGAUGCAGACCACAACGGGAGACUCGGGGAUUUCGGUUUAGCUCGGUUGUGCGGUCACGGUACGGAUCCUCUAACCACUCACGUCGCUGGAACAUGGGGAUACCUAGCCCCCGAUCACAUGAGGACAGGAAAGGCCACGACUGCUACUGAUGUUUUUGCGUUCGGGGUGCUUCUACUAGAAGUUGCGUGCGGUAGACGUCCUAUUGAGAUUUAUAACGAGAGUGGCGAAUGGGUCUUGCUCGUGGACUGGGUUUUUGGGUUCUGGAGUGAAGGAAACAUUUUGGGUGCUAAGGAUCCCAAUCUAGGGACAGAAUAUGACCAGAGAGAGGUCGAAAUGGUUUUGAAGCUAGGUUUGUUGUGCUCGCACUCUAACCCCCAUGCUAGACCAACCAUGAGACAAGUGUUACAUUACCUAAGCGGAGAUGCAGUGUUACCUGAUAUGUCGCGUUUCGACUUGCAUGGGAGCGAGAUGAUGUUGGAAACCUACCAUGGAUUUAGCGAGGUAGGCAUGUUUACAGGUGAAUCUUCGUUGGCUGACUCUGUCCUCUCCAACGGGAGGUGAAUUUUGAAUAUCAGAAAUUUUACAUAUUGUAUAAAACUAAAAGUACUUAGCGCACGAGAUAUUGACCUUGUUGUAUGUGAAUUAAAUGAAACUUUCAAAAAACUUCUUAAUUUCAUCAUCUUCUUCCCAUCUUUCAUUAGCAGCUUCAUAGCUAGAAUCUACCUCUGAAAAUGUUAGAUCUUUCAAAUUUAGUGUCUUCUGCGACGAUUAUUUCAUCUUACGGUCUUACCUUACCGAUGCAGCGCAUCUUAACCGGUGUACCAUCUCAGUUCUGUCUCUAAACCGAGAUUGUGGAUUACUUCUGUUAUUACACUACAAGAAAACACAAAUUUAACGACGGCCAAA